CAGGGAUGGCGGGCAGUGUAGUCUCUGCCUUUUUACGAAGUUUCCAAAGCAGUUUUCCUCACAACACAUUUGUUUUAAAAGGCCAUGUGGAACUAAAAUGGCGCCACGCACACUGGCAACACUCUCUGAGCCAAUCGCAUCAAUAAUAUUUUAUCUGUCACAGGCUGUGCGUGCUUACGCACUUCCACUCAACGACGUACAGCUUCUUCUCGCCCGUGCUGUGUGUAGCUUAUGCUGAAGGAGAGAAAAUGCAGUAUUGAAAUGGAAUGUAAACACGACUAAAACAUGACCUUUUGGCCAAGUGGGAGCUAAAGCGGUGUCACAGUGGUUAGAUGAGGAUCUUCUUCACAGGUUUAGGCUCAUCUUUGUUGUCUUCGCAUGUCCACUUUUUCCGUAGAUGGUCUCCGGCGAGCUGUGCCUGGCAGCGGACAACGACUUCUUGACGAAUAAUAUGAAGGAGAUGAUCGGAGGUUGCUGCGUGUGCUCAGACGAGAGAGGCUGGGCAGAAAACCCUCUCGUCUACUGUGACGGUCACGGCUGCAAUGUUGCAGUCCAUCAAGCAUGUUAUGGCAUUGUCCAAGUUCCUACCGGACCGUGGUUCUGCAGGAAGUGUGAAUCUCAGGAGAGAGCGGCCAGAGUGGUCGAUGGGUGUGGGUCACGGGCGUUCCGCAGUUUCGAUGGACCCCCCCGCAAGAGGUGUGAGCUGUGCCCCCACAAAGAUGGCGCCCUCAAGAGGACAGAUAACGGAGGCUGGGCCCAUGUAGUGUGUGCCCUUUACAUCCCAGAGGUCGAGUUCGCCAACGUGUCCACCAUGGAGCCCAUCGUACUGCAGUCUGUCCCCCACGAUCGCUACAACAAGACGUGUUAUAUCUGUGAGGACCAGGGCCGAGAGAGUAAAGCUGCCACCGGAGCCUGUAUGACCUGCAACAAACAUGGCUGCCGACAAGCAUUCCACGUCACAUGUGCCCAGUUUGCUGGCUUGUUGUGUGAGGAGCAGGGAUCAGAUGCCGACAACGUCAAAUACUGUGGCUACUGCAAAUACCACUACAGCAAACUGCGAAGGCGCAGGGUCCGUGGUAAUAGGGGCCUUAUUGACUCCUCUCAGUGUUGGGAUAAGCCCCCUGAUCACCAAGACCACAAGAAACAUAAAGAGAGAGACCGACACAAACCCAAGCACAAGAAGACCCUGGAGCUCUCCCCCUCCCUCGCUCCUGCUCUCAUGGUGGCGUCAGACAAGAGCUACAACAGUGGUGGAGUACCCUCCAUGCCUGCCUCCUCUCAGAAGCGAUUGGAUGACAGCACCGCUCGCUUCACAACCGCCAACUUUCAGGAAGUGCCAGUGCACUCUGGGGGUGCUAAAGAUGCGUCCCAGGUGGGUUCAGAAGGAAAACAGGGGUCGGAGGUUAAACAGAACAAGAAGAGCGUCACCGGUCAUGUGAUUGGCGGUCAGCGGGGACGCAAGUCUCUCACACCUGGGAAACCACUCCCCUCUGCUGUGGUCACUACGGCAACUUCUUCAACAGCCGCCUCCUCCACUGGAACCUUUCAUCAAGGACUCCUGCUGUCCAAUAAGACGCCCUCCACCAUGACUCCUCCCACCUCUGAUUUCCUUGGCUUCUCUGACCCGUCGCUGCGCUCAAGAGGCGGGGACUCCUUCUCUCCGCCUUCGUUCAGCCGCUGCCUUGUGAAGCCCGGUGAGGUCACGGCCCCGGAGGGCAUGGCAUCGCUUGGAACUUUUGGCUCUAUGAUGUCACUUCCUGCGAGUGGCGGCAUAACCGGCAGUAAACUGUAUGAGAACUCCCACAGCGAGCCAACGGGGAACGUAGCCUCCACUGCCGGCUACAAACGUCCCCAGCCCUCGUCAUCCUCCUCCUCCUCUUCGUCAGCGACCUCCUCCGCUGGGCCAGGGAUCGGAGUAGGAGGAGGAGGAGGAGGGGGGGGGUCAGAAGGCGGAGGGGAAGAAGGAGUGAAGGGCAAGAAGAAGAGGGGCAACUGGAGGAAUCGAUACGGACCUUGUUUUAAUGUUCCGGACAGCAAGGCUACGGACGGACCAGAGCACCACACCACCCCACUACCUCUCCUCCCGUCCUCCUCUCUCUCCUCCUCCACAGCCUCUCCUUCCCCCUCCUCUACCAGUGCCCUGCCAGGGCGGCCCGGAGGUGGUGGAGGUCUGCUGUCUGCUGGUGUCAGUACUGGAGCCCAGAAGUCUCCUUCCUUACUCAACGGCAGUCUGCAGAGUCACAGAGUCACUUCCACUCCCUCAGCCACCGGUACGUUCUCCAGUGGUGACGUCUCCUCAGGGGUGGGACCUGUUGCUAUGGGUGGGGCUAACUCUGAGUUGCCACAGCAACAGCCGCCUCCCUCCCUUGCUCCGCCCGCCCCCUUCACCGCCACAGCCCCCCUGACCAGCACUGCCUCCUCCCAUGUCAGUGGGCUGCCAGGUCCGGUGUUCAACAUGGCCCCAUCCCACAUGUUUGGAAACCGUCUGAACCCCAACUCUGCCAUGGCUGCUCUCAUCGCGCAGUGUGAAGUCACCCCUGCAGAUCAGGAAGUAGGAGAUGGAAAUGGCACUGCAGCCCAGGGCUUCCCCAGACGGGUCUCUCCCAAGACCGCUCUCUCCCCACGUUCCCCUCUAGGUGGACUGCAGAUCUGGUAUGACCCUGCAGGGUCCCUGGGGUCGGGCUCGGGGCUGGGGUCGAGGUUGGGGUUAGGAUUGGGGGCGCAAGGGUCUGGCCAGGUGGGUGGAGGGGACACAACAGCGCCCCCUGUGGCCACGUCUAUAGAACAGCUGCUGGAGAGACAGUGGAGUGAAGGACAGCAGUUCCUCCUGCAGCAAGGAGCACAGGGAGAUGUGUUGGGGAUGUUGAAGUCCCUCCAUCAGCUCCAGCAGGAGAACAGCCGCCUGGAGAGCCAGAUCAAAACUCUGACCAUGAAGAAAGAACGACUGCAGCUCCUCUCUGCUCAGCUGUCUGUGCCUUUCACUCCAGCUACCACUGCCCAAGAUGUGAAGAGUGACUCAUCUCUGCCCAUGCCCACUCAGGAUAGCGUGUCGUGUGGCCGUAGCAGUGGAGGUUCGACCUCCUCCCUGUCCACGCCUCCCUCGGUCUCUCACAGCCCCCCCCAGCCGCCUCAGCUCAACGGGGUUGCUAUGGGAACCCUGAUGCUGGGUGGGGGGACGGGUCUGGGGUUGGGGGGGGCCGCGGGGGCCCUGAACGGAGUCAUUCAGACCACCUGCAGCCCUCACACCUACACCCCAACAUCCGCCCCGGGAACCAGCGGCGUCAACAACAGGUCGGGUACUGUGUCUGAACAGCAGAGGAUGUUGCUACACCAGCAUCAAGUACAGCAGCUGUUCUCCUCCCAGUCGUCUGUGGAGCAGCAGCAGGUCUUGUUGUAUCAGUUAAUGCAGCAACACCAGGACCUCCAACAACUCCAGUCUCUGUCCUCCUCCCAGCUUCCCUCCAUCCCCCACUCAUCCGCUCAGCCGCCCGUCACCACCCACCUGUCGUCCUCCAACGCCCACGGCCAGGGCACCAUCACGGCCAAUCCCUUCCUGGCACUGCACUCACACCACCCCGACACAAACGCGCACGCUGGCGCCCACAAGCCCCGGCUGGCCGACAAGGCCGGGUCUGUCACCGGACAAGAGAAGACCUGAGCCACAGGACAUAUCUCUCUCUCUCUCUCUCUCUCUCUCUCUCUCUGUUUAUUUGUCGUUCUCUCAUCCUCACUUGUCCUUCCACCCGUCUUUAUCUCAGGGGUCUUCACCGACAUGUGAACUCUGGACAGUACCGUGCCUUCAGCACACAAGCUAGCCCACUCAGAACCACGACGACUGGGACAGGGGUGACCGGGACACUACACACGGCCGACUGAGAACGCAGCUCUGCCGGAAACAAUGGCUCUCAUUGGCCAGUUUCACUCAUGGGAGGAGCCCUGAACAUGUUGCUGCUGUUGCUGACCUGUCUGAGUGUAUGGACCAGCAUAAGACCUAACUAGAGACCGCUCUGAUUUAAGACUGUCUGACCGGCUGGCUGGCUGACUGAUUUACCACGGAAGCCUUGCUAUGACUGUCUCUCUUAGCUGUACCUACCUCACACAUACACACACGUAAACACACAUACAUGCCUGCCUAUCAGGGCCCACAAACCCUCAGCAUCAGCCAAUUGGAAUUCACAAUAGUCAGGACUGGCCAGUAAGGGUCCAAUCCCUAAGUGCCUGAGGCUGAGUGGGCAGGGUUACUAAUGCUCCUCUUCCUGUCUCUCCUGUCAGAUAUCUAUUAUUACCAUAUUACUGGCUAUCUGGUUGCGUUUCCCUGGCAACAGAUCACACAACCCAUUCUGAGAAGCUGGAAACCAGGAAAUGUAUUUUUGCUGAAUUCAGAAAAUACUGAAGCCAACUUUAUAAAUGAUCUGUUUUUUAUUUAUUUAGCAUCUGUUUGUGUAAUAAUGGGUACAAGCUAAUAUAUUUUGAUCGGUGCCCGCUGUUCUUUCAAGGAUUGAUUUUAUACUACUGUUAAAAUUUUUCACACUCAAAUCUUGCUGUAAACGUUGAUGGAGAAAGUCUGUGUCCUGUAUUUGAAAGAUAAAACUACUGGUGAAUAGUGGUGGAUGGUGGUUAUGGUGGUGUUGAUGUAUAUAGCUGUUAUUGUCCAAAGGGUUGUGGAUUCAAUAGCACCGUUUUCUUUUGUUUUUUUACCUCGUUUUUGUAAAUAAAUAGAUCUUUUCUGAUGGCUUCGAGGUGUAAAUAAAUUAUUGUGAUUGGCUGUGCUGGUUUGAAGGAUAGCCAAUGAAGCCACAUUUUGUGUGUGUGUGAAUCUUAGGACCAGACUAAUGGUGGCUGGACACAAAGUAUUAAUUUAUUUUUAUAUGUGCAGGGACAUUGUUUUGCUGUUUCGCACCUUUUUUUUUUUUUUCUCUCUUCAUUUUUGGUUCUUACAAAUGUCAGUUCAUACAAAUUCACCUUGGGGCUGUUUUUCAACCUUCACUUUAGGUUGAAAAAUCACAAAGCCUCCUCAAAUGUUUGUAUUUCACCUCACCAAAAUAAAGUAAUGUUCUGGAUAAAGGAAAGGAGUGCUGGUGAAAAGACGAGCAGUCACUGCGUGUUCUGUAGGUAGUGGGGUAUCAGUCGACUGAGAAGAUCGAUAAAGAUUGAUCAACAGCUCUGUUCAAGUACUUUUUUGUAAUAUGAAUUUUUACGCUUUGGUUGAAUAAAAAAAAAAACGGAUCUACCUCCCCUAA